GCAGAAAGUCGUGGGGAGGGGGGGCGGGUCACGUGGGUCCGGAGGCUCCGCGAGCCGGGGAUAAAAACCGCGCGGCUCCGAGCGGGCCACAGCGCGCGCUCACCUCCUCCCGCACCGCGCGGCGUGCGCUCCGAGCAGCCCAGGGACCCGCGGGCCUGCCGUCGCCAAAGCCAACAUGAAAAUCCUCGUGGCCCUGGCAGUCCUGGCUCUCGUCUCCACCCAACUGUCUGCGGAAGACAUCCGAGCCAACGAUGAUCUAAAUUAUUGGUCCGACUGGUCCGACAGCGACCAGAUCAAGGAGGAGCUGCCCGAGCCCUUCGAGCACCUGCUGCAGAGAAUCGCCCGGAGACCCAAGCCUCAGCAGUUCUUUGGAUUAAUGGGCAAACGGGAUGCUGAUUCCUCAAUUGAAAAACAAGUGGCCCUGUUAAAGGCUCUUUAUGGACACGGCCAGAUUUCUCACAAAAGGCAUAAAACAGAUUCCUUUGUUGGACUAAUGGGCAAAAGAGCUUUAAAUUCUGUGGCUUAUGAACGGAGCGCCAUGCAGAAUUACGAGAGAAGACGUAAAUAAACUGCCUACAGUAUUAUUCAUGCCGCUUCAUUUAUGUCAAUGGGCAGUGAAAGGUAAAAUGUGACGUGCACUAUGAGGAAUGAUUAUUUAUUUAAUAACUUGUUGUUUUAGUUGAAAACGUUAAAGAAAAGUGUUUAUUUUUCCUAUUGUGCCAAAAUGUGUUGUAAACAUGUUGUAAUUCUAAUAUGAAGAUGCCCUCAGAGGUAGAAAUCAGUGCAAACCUCUCAACAAAGCACAGUGUUCAAUGAAAUGGUAAAAUCGUGUUAAAAUGUCAUCGCCGGAAGAAAGCGUGGCUUCGAAGCGGUCACAUCUGGAAAGGGCGGGGGCUCUCGUGCAGUCACACACUUGCCCUGUGUGUCUCAGGGCUGAAAUGUACUGAGUCUUGGUGUCAAACUGUGUUUGUACCCCUGCAGCAUGUUUCACGGUUUGUGGUUCCAUAGAGAUGUUUUACAAGUUUUCAUGUGAUCCCAGGGUCUCCAUUUCACUGUAUGAUGUGUUGUGAUAGCUAACAUUUUAAAUAAAAGAAAAAAAUAUCUUGAAAAUAUUGUCCUAU